AUGGAAGAAAAAGUGGUCUCCAAUUCAUAUGCAUUUGUCUCUGAAGAGAAGAGUGAUAGUUUGUAUCCUAUGUAUUUUGGUGUUUCUUGUGCUUUCUUUGCUCUACGGCUCCUGUCAAUACCUGAUAUGCAAGAUGAGAGGUUGUCUGAAGUACGCGAGAAAAUGCUUCGAGGAAGUGCGCAACUGUUGGGAUUGCUUGUAUGGAGAGUUCAGAAAGAAGGAAGAAGUGCGCAAUAUUAUGAACUUCUCCAUAAGCUUGAGACUGCUGAAGUAGAAAUUGGAGGGUUGAAGAGACUGAGGCAUGAAGAUGCAAAAGCCAAUGAGAAAGUUGUGAGCAUCUUUGCUGCACAGGAGCAAUGCUGGUUAAAUGAAAGGAAGAAAUUGCGGCAGCAUAUUGGGGCUCUAAUAAAUGCAUUUAAGGUUCGUGAGAAAAAGGAGGAUGAAACAAUUUCUGACAUGAAUGACAAAAUGAAGGAUAUGGAGCUUUUGGUGCAAUCUAAGGACAAGGCAUUGGGGGAACUGGAGCAGAAGUUGAAAGAAACAGAAGAGAAGCUAACAAAGGCUGAAAGUGUUGCAGAAGAAUUGAGAGAAAAUGCUCAGCGUGCAGCCCAAGAGCAUUCUUCUGAGCUUUUGAAGCACAAAACUGCAUUUUUUGAGCUUGUGUCAAACCAACGGCAGCUUGAUGCUGAUAUGGGUCGAGCACUUAGGCAAGUUGAAGCUUCUAAGCGGGAGAUAAAUGUAGUCUUGGAUCAAAAGGAGGAGUCAUUUGUGAUGGUUCAAAAACUGUCUGCGGAGAUUGUAAAGAUGCAUAAGGAUUUGGAACAGAAAGACAAGAUUUUGUCAGCAAUGCUUAGAAAAUCCAAGUUAGAUACAACAGAGAAGCACAUGCUUCUAAAGGAGAUUAAAUUAUCAAAGGCAAAGAGGAAGCAAGCUGAGCUUGAAACAGAACGAUGGAAGGUAGUCUCUGAGUCUAGACAUGAGAGGCAUUCAUUGAGAAGUAUGUUGGAAAAAGCAAAUUCUAGGUUUGAGAUUGCUUUAAAUGAAAGAGGGGCGAAUUCUAGUGCAACAGGUGCAUCCCAUUUACACAUUGUAAAGACCAUACCACAGCCAGUUCAUGCUCUUCUUGGGUAUGAACAUUCUGAGUUUAUAAAUGAAUCGGAUGGAUACUCGUUUGAGGCAAAGCAGGACCUGGCUGAUGUUAAGCAGUUGGAAGGUUGGGUUCGCUCAGAAGCAGAGAGGUACGCAGCUGUAAUUGAGCAAAGGCAUCACCUAGAAAUGGAUGCUUUUGUAGAGCAAUUAAGACUCAAAGAUGAGAAAUUAGAAACUUAUCGAUGGCGCUUGCUGAGCAUGGAAUUAGAAUCAAAGCGGCUAGAGUCCCAUGUCGAGGGACUGAACAAAGAUUUGGCACAUCUCAGACAUAAUAACAUGAAAUUGGAAGCCUUGCUAUUGGAACGGGAAGAAGAAUUAACUUCCCUGAAAGAGCAGUUUGCAUCACAGUUAAGGUUUCUAAACAGCCAGAAGAACUUAAAUUCAACUGCAUAUGAUUCGUCAGUAGUCAAUGAUACCCUUUGGCACAAAUUCAAUAUCAUAAGUAGGAAAGCGGAUGAGGAAGAUCAGAACACGAAGAGAACUUUGAUGGAACAAUCUCAAGAGCAAGACAUUAAGAAAGAAGAGGAAACCCCGUCUUCUAGCCUGUGUAAAAAUGUAAUUUUGAAGAUACAAUCUCCUGACAAAGAGUUUGAAGUAGAUAAGGAUGUUGCCUAUGAAGGAACAAGUCAAGAGGGAAGUGAAAGUUCAGUGGCAGUUAAUGGCACUGAAAAGUUGGCAUCACCAACGCAUGCCUCAAGUACAAAUAAUUCUCUGUGGAGGAUGGAUCUUCAAGCUCUUGGAGUUUCUUACAAGAUCAAGAGGCUGAAGCAACAACUUCUUAUGCUCGAAAGAUUUACAGGAAAGCACGAAGGUGCUGAAGAUCAUACAGAAAGCAAUGAUGAUGGGCAAAGUGGGAUUAAAGGUUUUCUUUUGCUAAUGUCCCUGCUGAAUAAACAAGUCGGCCGGUACCAGUCUUUCCAAGGGAAGGUUGAUGACCUCUGCCAUAGGAUGCAUGACAAUGGUUUAGAUCAAAAUGGUAGACGCGGAGAUUCGGAUACUGCAAGAACAAAAGACAAGACCAAAACACUAGAGCACUUUCUUGACGAAACAUUUCAGCUGCAGAGAUAUAUGGUUGCAACAGGCCAGAAACUAAUGGAAAUUCAACCCAAGAUUGCUUCUGGACUUGUUGGUGUUGCUGAAGAUCUAGAAACAUGUGCCAGCUUUGACAUGAAUCGCUUCACCGACUUUAUUAGAACUCUCUUCCAGGAAGUUCAAAGAGGUCUAGAGGUUCGGAUAGCUCGAAUUAUUGGAGACCUUGAGGGGACCUUGGCUUGUGAUGGGAUGAUACAGUUGAGGAGGUUAUGA